UGACGAGUCACGUGUCAGCUUGUCCCAGUUAUCUGGUGCUUUAUAAAUAAGAGCGCAGAGUGAUGCGAAACAGUUCAGGCGUCCUGAACCCUGAGGAUACACGUUCAGGCAUUUCUCACUGACACCUGCUGGCCUGGAGUCAGAGAGGAUGUUAAUGAUGAUGAUGAUGAAAAACAAGGGGUGCAAGGCGCUGGCUGUGGUGGCUCUUUUUCUUGCCUCGGCUAAUUGCCUGCUCCCUCCCACCAAUGAACAUCUCAAGCAGAUUUCCCUCGAGGGAGAGAAGUACCUGAAUGUACAAAUUGAGAACGCCAUUAAUGGAGUCAAGGAGAUGAAGAAUAUGAUGCAGAAAUCUUCAGAAGACCACAAGAAGGUUUUGGAUGAGCUGGAGAAAACCAAACAGAAGAAAGAGGAGGCCAUGCUGGCUGCUCAGGAGAUGGAGGCCAAGCUGGGGGAGCAGGAGGAGGUCUGUAACGAGACUAUGAAAGCUCUGUGGGAGGAAUGUAAACCAUGUCUGAAGAAAACCUGCGUCAAGUACUACUCCCGCACAUGCAGCAGUGGAUCUGGGAUGGUGGGCCGCCAGUUAGAGGACCUGCUGAACCGAACGUCUCCUUUCUCCAUUUGGAUCAAUGGGGAGAGGAUUGACACCCUGGAGCAGGAAGGUCAUCGUCAGAACAAAGAGUUCAGGGACUUGGAAGACAAAUACUCCGUGAUGGCUGACGGAGUGGAUGGCAUAUUUUCAGACAGUAUGAAGGUGGCUGAUCACGUGCACUACAACCCACCUAUAUUUGGUCUGCCCAGUUUCUUCCCGUCUCGCUGGCGGAGAAGCAUUCACUCGCUGUUCCACGACCCUUUCCCCAGCUUCCAGGGUUUGUUCUCCAACAUGAUGAGCAUGCACAGGAACCCCUUUGGCUCCUUUGGUUCUAUGAUGGACUUUGACACAGAUGCCCCCACUAAUGAGGACGGCAGUGUCAAUGAGGACGUUGUCAUCACCAAACCUUUCGGAGACGGCAGCAUGACCUGCAGAGAGAUUCGCCGCAAUUCAGCGGGCUGCCUCAAAUUCCGCGAUGAGUGUCAGAAGUGCAAAGAAAUUGAACAUAUUGAUUGUUCUGGAAACAAGCCAUUGGAAGGCCCCCUGAAGGAAGAACUAGAAAGAGCUCUGGCUAUAGCUGAGCGUUUCACACAGCACUACAAUGCUCUCCUAAAGCGUUUUGAGGAGCAAAUGUUCAACACAUCCGCUGUCAUGGAUCUUUUCAACAGGCAGUUUGGAUGGGUAUCAUCUCUGGCAAACAACACCAAUACCAAGGAUGACUUCUUCAAAGUAGAGACGGUGGUCACCAGGGACCAAGUGGCAAAGCCUGGAGAGGAUACCAUGCAGCCAGACACCAAAGUGUCCGUCAAACUCUUCAAAUCGCCACCCAUGAACUUAAACGUACCAGGUGACAUUCCCUGGAACGACCCCAAGUUCCCUGAGGUGGUAGCUCAGGAGGCUUUGGACCGCUACAAGGAUAUCACUGUCGUCGCCAAAUAGUGGAUUUUUGCUGAUCCAAACACACCCUGCAGUGAUUCACCAAGUCCUCAAUGAGUCCUUAUUCUGCAAAGCGACAGUUUAACGCUUAUAAGGUGUAUUUAGAUCUCCGUGUCCUGCUGGAAGAGAACAUAUUUAGUAAAUGAUAGUCUCUAGAAAGGCCCUGCGUGUGUUUAAGAUGAGGGGCUUUAACACUAAUACUCCUGCCUGGCUUUCAAGAGUUCAUCCUACUGUUUGUUCUCUAACCUCCUUUAACACCUGCGGAUUAAACUGGUUCUUGCCUCCAA